AAGCAAGACGCUAGACGAAAGUCGCGACUCGCUAAGGGCCAGAGCGAGUCUCUCAAAGGGCUGGCGUUUGAGCACAUGUCGUUUUCGACUUUUUAAACUAAUUAUUUGUGUUUUAACUCGCUCAGCUUCUCUUUCGAAUACUCUGUGACAAUUCGAAGCCAUUUUAACCUUGAAGUGUUGUUAUAUAGUUCGCCUUUUUAACUCUCUGAGCCCAAAUUUGGUGGGUUGACCCUCGACAUGGAUAUUAGCUAGCUAAGCUAGUCACCAAGAAACCGAAAUAGAGGCGCGUUAAAGGGUUUGUGUCAAAGUUUUAUCGCUUUAAACGCAGUUUAUGUGCGUAAAGUCGAGCUCUCUGAGGCUAAUAUUCGCCUUGGGUGUUGCCAAAGACGGACUGAAGUUCGGCAGAAGUAGCUAGUUGGUUAACCGAGGGAAGAAAAGAGGUGGGAGAUGUUGACUAACGCCAACAGUCCGCCGAAGUUUCCGAACCAGCAGCAGCAGAAUCCAGCUCAGUUUACGCUGGGGAAAGCCUCACUCCAGAUCAAGAAAAAUGCCAUAACCGACGAGUACAAGGUCACUAGUCAGGUCCUGGGUUUGGGCAUCAAUGGAAGGGUUCUGGAGAUCUUCCACAAGAGAAGUGGAGAGAAGUAUGCUUUAAAGAUGCUUCAUGACUGUCCCAAAGCAAGACGGGAGGUGGAGUUGCACUGGCGAGCGUCCUCCUGUACCCAUAUCGUCAGAAUUGUUGACGUCUACGAGAACCUCUACCAAAACAGGAAGUGCCUUCUUAUUGUAAUGGAGUGCAUGGAUGGAGGUGAGCUGUUCAGUCGGAUUCAGGACAGAGGGGACCAGGCAUUCACUGAGAGAGAGGCUUCUGAUAUCAUGAAGAGUAUUGGAGACGCCAUUCAGUAUUUGCAUGCUAUAAACAUUGCACACAGAGACGUCAAGCCAGAGAACCUGUUAUAUACCUCGAAAAGGCCCAAUGCCCUUCUCAAACUGACAGACUUUGGGUUUGCAAAGGAGACGACCACACACAACUCUCUGGCCACCCCUUGCUAUACUCCUUAUUAUGUUGCCCCAGAGGUUCUUGGUCCAGAAAAGUAUGAUAAGUCCUGUGACAUGUGGUCUUUGGGUGUUAUCAUGUAUAUACUGCUCUGUGGUUACCCACCUUUUUAUUCCAACCAUGGUCUGGCUAUAUCCCCUGGCAUGAAGAAACGGAUCCGUAUGGGACAGUACGAGUUUCCAAAUCCUGAGUGGUCUGAAGUGUCAGAGGAAGCCAAGCAACUUAUCAGAACAUUACUGAAAACUGAGCCGACACAGAGGAUGAGCAUCACAGAAUUCAUGAACCACCCCUGGAUCAAUCAAUCAAUGGAGGUACCACAGACCCCCCUACACACCAGCCGUGUUCUGAAAGAAGAGAAGGACACUUGGGAAGAUGUCAAGGAGGAAAUGACUAGUGCUUUGGCAACAAUGAGAGUCGACUACGAGCAGAUCAAAAUCAAGACGAUUGAAGACUCUUCCAAUCCACUGCUGAUGAAGAGGAGAAAGAAAGCCAACAAUAUGGCUCCUGAAAAUGAGACGCCUGCAUGCUAAGGACAUAUUCACUCAGUAUUUUUGUUGCACAUGUACACACAUAAUUAAUCACUCAUACAUUAAAAAAAAGUUAAAUUUAAGGAAGCAAUAACUCAGUGCAAUUUAAAAAAAAAAAAGGUUUUUAAAUCAGUAAGCAUCAGUUACUAAUAAGCCACUUUGCUACCAAAAGAAAGGGGCUGUAUAACUAUUAUGCGAGACUCAAAAUUUGGAAUGUUAAGUAGCCGAUAUUCACUAAUUUGCUCCUUAAAUUUGUCAUGAGUGCAGUUUUUCACAUGGUGUUUAAUGGGGUAAUCAGAAGGCUUAGUUACUUUUUAUUUUUUUUGCUUUUCUCUUUUUAAAUCAAAAAGCCAUUGGUACACGAGUUCAUGAUUUAUACACACUCGCCACUGUUUUUAUUUUUUAUUAUAAUUAUGUUCCAUUCUUAAUUAUGGGAUGGCUCUUAAAAUGAGUUGCCCUGUAACGGAAUGACCAUUUCGUUUCCUUCAGUUCAUGUUCUGUGGAGCCUAUGCAUAAUGCUAGCUUUCCUUAUGUUCCUGUUCUUUCUUGCAUGUCAAAUUCAUUUCUGCACUUGAAUGAUCUUUUUAGUUCCAAAAGACUGAUGCAGUUAGUACUGGUGUCUAGAUAGAGAAAAUGUAUUUUUGAAAUGACUCUUUGAAUGUAGACGUACUCUGUUCUUUAUUGUGAAAAUGUCUGUCAGUAUUGCACAGGGUCCUGUCAAGUAAAAUACAAGAUUUUUUUUUUAGCUUUAGAUUCAGUUAGCCUUAUGUUGGUCAUUCAGAUACAGAGACAAAGCAUAUUGAUCACCCUGCUUUCAAGAAAUAGGAUUAUACUGUAUCAAGGAAAGCCAAUCCAGAUAAUUGUUUCUGCCCUCUCCAACAUGCUUAGCGCUACGCUUAUUGCACAAUAUUUGGGUGCAUGAUUAUUUGCUUUGUAUCAGUUCUAUGCAUAAUUAUUUCCAGCUAUUUUUUUUUUCUUUGAUAUUUGUGAAGAAUGUUAACCUAUGCUCUGGCAUUUUAUUUUUAAAAUACCUUCUAAAAAUCAGUAGACACACUCUACUGUUUUAACCCACCACCAUGAACAGCAAAGCCUAUUUUAAUUUAAGUGUAUAAUGAAUCAGUAUGAAAUGGGAUCUUUGUGAAGGUGAUGACUGUGCUUUUGUCUGCGGAAUGAAUACAUGGAAUGUCCACCAUUUUGGUUGGAGUCGACUGUACUCAUUACGGCAGUUCAUUUUUUCAUGUGUCUAUAAUCCAUACCUAACAUGCAGUGACUGUUUGAAUACACCUGUUGAGAGCAGUUUAGAAAAAAAACAGGUGUUUGAUAAAGUAGCAAAGAGACACCCCCUUGCCUUUUGUUAAUGUUUAGGGGUUACAGGGAAUUCUACACAUCCAGCUAAUUGGUUUUAGCUGCACUGAUGGACCUAUGCUCAAAGGUCAUAUCUUUUUUUUUUUUUUUCUAUAUAGUCUUUUUUUUUUUUUUUUUUUUUUUUAUCUGUAUAUUCAUAUUUGUUGUGUGAUUGAUGCUGUUUUUAAGGACAUGAUUUAAUGCCCAAAGUGUUGAGCUUUCAGUUUGUUACUCCCAAACAGCAGAUAUUACCCAAACUCUUUCUGUGCCUCCUUGCAAAUAAUACAUCUUUUUAGUCAGUUGGGAAACUUCAAGAUUUAUUUUUGCAAUUUCUUUGAUAUUGUCACUUUGUAGGAGUUUUUCCCUCCAUUCCACCAUUUCUCAAAGCGAAGACUACAUUAUUGGCCGAGUGGAAAAACAGACAAACUCCCACAGAAUUUCAUACUAACAGGGAGAAUCAGAAAUGUGCCCCUUUUUUAGUAUUUAACUGCUGUACUUAUGUCUUGGUCUGCUUCAACUUUGGAUUAAAACACCUAAAAACGCA